GCACCUGUCUGUGUAUUGACAGUGGGCUGCCCUGCGACAGAAAGUGGCGCCUCCUCGUUCAGUUCUUGUCUGUGUAUUGACAGGAGCCGGCUGGCUGGCCGACUAACAAGCAAGCUUGCGCGCGGGGGCCGCUGGGACGCAGUCUGGAAUCAUGGCUGAGGAGAAUGUUGUUGUGUUGCUGCUGUUUGUUUUGUUGUGUGCCUGUGCGGACGUUUCGUUCGCUCUAAUGUGCAACUGUUCAGACUGUGACCAAACAAACUUUACGUGCGAGACUGAUGGUGCUUGUAUGGUGUCCGUCUCAAACCUGAAUGGCUUGGAACACCACAUCCGUGCUUGUAUUUCUGCCGAGAAACUUGUACCAGCAGGCAAGCCAUUCUUUUGCCUGAGUUCUGAGGAUCUGAGCAACACAUUGUGCUGUUACACUAACUACUGCAAUGACAAGGAGCUGAUGGUGCCAAGAGGUAACCCAGGAGUUAAUUACUCUGCGUCCACUUUAGGAGCUGUAGAACUAGCAGCAGUCAUUGCUGGACCUGCAUUUUUGCUAUGCGUUAUUUUAAUUGUAGCUAUAUUCCUGUUCCAACACCACCAGCGAGUUUACCACAAUCGCCAGAGGUUGGACAUGGAUGACCCGUCUUGUGACAUGUACCUCUCCAAAGAAAAAACCCUGCAAGACCUCAUCUAUGACUUGUCAACGUCCGGUUCAGGAUCAGGUUUGCCACUGUUUGUUCAGCGUACAGUGGCACGGACUAUAGUACUUCAGGAAAUCAUUGGUAAAGGUCGCUUUGGGGAAGUGUGGCGAGGGAAAUGGAGAGGUGGUGAUGUGGCAGUGAAGAUUUUCUCUUCUAGAGAGGAACGAUCUUGGUUCAGAGAAGCAGAAAUAUACCAGACUGUCAUGCUUCGUCAUGAGAACAUUCUAGGAUUCAUUGCAGCAGAUAACAAAGGGAAACCAGGAAUUGCACACAGAGACUUGAAAUCAAAGAAUAUCUUGGUGAAAAAGAAUGGAACAUGUGCUAUUGCUGACUUGGGCCUUGCUGUGCGACAUGACUCUGCCACAGACACUAUUGACAUUGCACCCAAUCAGAGAGUUGGGACCAAAAGGUAUAUGGCACCUGAAGUUCUAGAUGAAACAAUUAACAUGAAGCAUUUUGAUGCAUUCAAAUGUGCUGAUAUUUAUGCAUUAGGUCUUGUUUAUUGGGAGAUUGCCCGCCGAUGCAGUACAGGAGGAAUCCAUGAAGAGUAUCAGCUUCCAUAUUAUGACCUUGUGCCUUCUGAUCCCUCCAUAGAGGAAAUGAGGAAAGUUGUUUGUGACCAGAGGCUAAGACCUAGCAUUCCCAAUUGGUGGCAAAGUUAUGAGGCACUGAGGGUGAUUGGGAAGAUCACACGCGAGUGCUGGUAUUCAAAUGGAGCUGCAAGAUUAACAGCACUGCGCAUCAAGAAAACGCUGUCACAGCUCAGCAUACAUGAAGAUAUCAAGAUCUAGAAGCAGGAAACUUGGAAGGGUACCAAAGGACACACAUGCCUGCCUUCAAAGACAACAUGUACUAAGGCCUACCUCAACAUUUCUGCCAGAUUACUGCACCUUAAUAUGUACAGCAAAGUUAAUACCAUCUCUCUGGAAGUGAGAGUUGAUGAGGACAGAAUGUUAUAUUCUGCAGUUGAGGUUUGGUCUAGAAACUGAAUGUUUUAGGCUUAAAAUAUAGGCUCUAAAGCGCCAACAAUUGGUGAACUUUGUAA